AUGUCGAAAUUUUUGAAGGCUGAGGAAUUUGUUCCGAGGGUUCUGAGGAACUUCAUGCAGACAUCUGGCCUGGAGCCAACGCUGCUAGGGAAAAACAACCUACGUGUCGUUGCUGCCGGUAUUGGCAAGGUCACAUUUGAUCUCCAUCUCCAUAAGCAGCACACGAACCGGUUGAGAAUCCUGCACGGUGGAACCAUCGCCAGCAUGGUUGAUCUCGGCGGCUCUCUUGCCGUGGCAUCGAUGGGACUGUACUCUACGGGUGUCUCGACGGACCUGAAUGUUUCCUACUUGGCUGCCGGUGGCAGGGCAGGCGACAAGAUCCGUGUUAUUGCUGAAUGCGAGAAGAUGGGGAAGACCCUGGCAUACACACAUAUCAAGUUCUUCAACGCAAAGGGAGACUUGUUUGCGAGAGGAAGCCAUACCAAGUACAUCGAGAAGGCGCGUCAAGAUCAAGUGACGCCCUAUAGUCUCCCAGCCUGGGACUUGUCAGGGCCUUCCGUGGAUGCCAACGGGCAAGGGCAAGGGCACGGAGAGCAGGAUGAGCAGGGGUUAUUGGACCCCAGUGAACAAAACGGAGACAAGUCCUCUCAGUAUUAG